CAAGUAACUAGGCGUUCUCGUUGACGCUUUGGCGUGUCACGCGCCUGUGGCAGCGCAGCGACAGACUAGGAAGAGAGAUUUCAACAAAUUUGGACGUGAAGACAAUCGGGUUCGGCUGAGACUUGUGUGUGUGAAGUCAUCUCUUCGCCCCGCGCAUGUCCGACCGACUUCCUGCGAAGAUUUUCUCUGGCAGUCUCUCUCGUCCAGCAACUCGUCGAGUUACCCUAAUUGAAGGAGACGAAAGUCGGCUUUCGAUUACCUGAUCAUUUAUUGCUUAUGAGGCAAUCUUUGCGGCACCUAGAUACUACCUGGCAUUGGAUUCGAUGAUUCACGCUGGGCGCAACAGCACAAACACCCAAUAAAAUCAUCUCCGAAAUGCAUACUCUUGACAGGAGCUGAUGGUUAGCAUUGUUGCGAAAUCCAAAGUCGCGAUGUUUCCAAUGCUCGGAAUCUGCAAUGCGCCUUACAUAUCCGACGAGGCGUGCUUGGUCGAGCCGACGAUUGCGGAGCCAGUGAUUGAUUGAGGACAUGUGCCGUUGCGCACUUUGCUGGACAGCGGAAGUCGGCAUACGCGUAGAAGAGGUGACACUUGCUUCUACAGACAAGCUAUCAAACAGCCCGGAGGCUUUGUUGCUGGCCUCUCAAGAUCGUUCUGGAUGCAAUGACUACGACGAGGUUGCAGAUGGAGUUCCUUCCACUCGAACGGAAUUGCCAAGAGUCGUGUGGGAGCUUUGUCCAGAGUAUCGUCUGCACUACCGGUUCAUGCGCGGCUGCGCCAACAGAUCAAGAUCAAAUGCACUUGGCCUUUUGCCGGAUCCGUUGGUAUCUUGAGGGUGCUUAGACUGCGGAUCAUUUUACCGGGACUAAGAUGCCUCUGUGCUGUGCAUCUACUCAUAUGGGAUCGUCGCGAAAAACCCGCCCCCCCCGUGAGAGUCGAAUAUUCCUUGGUCCUCGCAAUGGCAACACUUGCACACGCUCUCGAUGGCCUGGUCGCUCGUGAUACUACGGGUCACUGCCGCGGCGGGCGAGUCCUUCUAGGUGCUCCAAGUCUUGGUCAUGGAUACGCAACGAAACUGUUCGCGCAGUACUACUCCCCCUCCGACAAAAGAAAACUGCCUUAAACGAGACGGCGAAAGAGAGAAAAAAGGUCAAAAGAGACUCGAAACAAAAAGCGAGCUGCAGCAUCGCACGUGGCUGCCACGCAACCCCC